AUGUUGGAGGGAUUGGUUGCCAAUCUACUCAACCGCUUCCUGGGCAUCUAUGUCAAGAACUUCGAUGCAAAGCAGCUAAAUAUUGGAAUCUGGUCAGGCGAUGUGAAACUACAUAACCUGGAACUCAGGCGAGAAGCUCUUGAUCAGCUCCAUCUCCCCCUCAACGUUGUCGAAGGACAUGUCGGCCAGCUCACCCUAUCCAUUCCGUGGUCGAACCUCCGAGGCAAACCCGUACGAGUUGACAUCGAAGAUGUGUUUCUUCUCGCAGCUCCUAAGGAGGACGCAGACUACGAUCCCGAGGAGGAAGAGAGGCGAGCGCAUGCCCUGAAGAUGGAUAAGAUCGAGAGUGCAGAGAUGCUGAAAGAGCGCAACUCGGAGGGUAUGAGCCAGGAGGAGCAACGCCGAAACCAGAGUUUCACCCAGAGUCUGGUGACUGCCGUUGUUGACAACCUUCAGAUCUCCAUCAAGAAUGUUCACUUCCGUUACGAGGACUCGAUCGCUUCGCCCUCCCACCCGUUUGCCGUCGGUGUGACACUCAAGGAGCUGAGCGCCGUUAGUACCGAUGCGGAGUGGAACCCCACCUUCAUCCAGUCCACUUCCAGCACAACACACAAACUGGCCAUCUUGGGGGCCCUUGCCGUGUAUUGGAAUACCGAUGCAGAACUACUGGGUACAGGGCGCGGUUCCGAUUUGGGCGCCGAAGCCCAAGGAAUUGAGCAUGCCGAGCUGCUCGAAAAGUUAAAGGCCGGUAUCGAUAACCAAGACAGCGCCCAGUUCAUGUUGCGCCCUGUCAGCGGCCGAGCAGGCUUGGAGUUGGACAAAUCGGGCAAACAUGACAGGCCGUCCCUCAAAGCUAGGCUCCUGUUUGACGAACUAAGCUUUGUUCUCGACGAUCAUCAGUACCGUGAUGCUCUGAUGCUUGUAGAUCUGUUCCAUUACUUCAUCCGCCAUCAAGAAUACAAGAAGCUCCAACCUAAAUGUCGACCCAAGGAGGAUCCCAGAGCAUGGCUGAGAUUUGCUGGCGAGGCCGUACUCAGCAAAAUUCACGAUCGCAAUAGGCGUUGGACAUGGGCUUACCAGAAAGAGCGGAGAGAUGAUCGCAUCACCUACAUAGAUCUGUUCAAGAAACAGAAGCGCGAAGGAACGCUCGCUGGACUGGACGCGGAGAAAUUCGAUCAACUUCAAAGGAAGUUGAGCUAUGAAGAUAUCCGCUUCUGGCGCUCACUGGCACGAAACCAAUUGCGCAAGGAGAACGUCGGCGUCAAGAAACCAGCUCAACAGCAGACAUGGGGUGAAUGGUUCUGGGGUACCAAGAAAGAACAGUCGGAGGAGACCACAAUGACAGAAGAGCAACGACAGGAGCUAUAUAAUGCAAUUGACUGGGACGAGAAGAAGGCGAUCGCGGAAAGUGUGGAUGUACCUAGAGAAUGGGUCAAGCUUCAAGUUAACGCCGGCCUAAAGGCGGGCAGCUUCACUCUGAAACGGGAUCCCCACGCGAGAGCGGAUGAGGUUAUGAAAAUGGUGUUUGACAACUUCCGAGCCAAAGCUUUGCAACGUCCUGAUUCUUUCUUCAUUGACGUCAACCUUGGUGGGUUGAGGGUGUACGAUGGAACAACCCCGGGGAGUCUUUUCCCACAAAUUGUCAAAGUCAAAGACUCUCUUCCAGAACCCAAGCACCGCUUAUCCAGUGCCAGUGGCGAUGACGAGUUAGACUCCGAAGCUGACGAGGACAUCUCUGCAUAUCAAGAUGGUCUGUUCCAUCUGCAGCUUGAGCAGAACCCACUCGAAAGCGACGCAGACUCAGUUGUCAAGGUCAAGAUGAAGAGUAUCGAAGUGAUAUACAACCCUACCUUCGUUGUCGAAAUCGCCAAGUUCUUCGAGCCCCCGGAGCGGCAUAUGGAGUCCAUCGGGGCUCUUUUAGACACGGCAGGUGCUACCGUCGAAGGCAUCCGGCAGCAAACACGAGCAGGUUUGGAGUUUGCGUUAGAAGAGCACAAGAAAGUUGACGCACAGUUCGACAUUCAUGCGCCUCUAAUCAUUGUUCCCGAGAGUAUCACACAAGAAAGCUCUCUCUGUCUCAUCUUGGACGCCGGUCAUAUCAGUGUCAACAGCGAAUUGGUCGAUAGGCAGACAAUGAAAGACCUUCAAUCGAAACAGAAGCGACAAUACGAAGAGGGAGACUAUAAGGAGCUUGAACAUUUGCUUUAUGACAGAUUCCUACUCAAACUUGACUCUACUCAAGUCCUCAUUGGCCCCGGCAUCGAAAUCACAAAAUCGCAACUUAGCUCCGAUGUCCAAUCACGCAACCUACACAUCAUCGACCGAAUCAACAUAGACUUUGUUCUCGAGAUGUGUAUCGUUCCCAAGGUCACUGAACUUACAAGGACUCGUAUAUCAGGUCACCUUUCAGAACUACACGCAUCUAUGUCUGACAAAAAGUACAAGGGCCUGAUGAAACUUAUUGAUAUUGCCAUUCCUCGAUUUAAUGACGGUGGCGAUACAAAGAAGACAGAAGCGCAAUCGAAAGAGGGUCCUGCGACUGUAAAUAGGGCCAGAUCAGCUUCUUUCCAACCGUCUAACCCAAGAGAGCUGCCUGUUGUUGAUGAAACUGACGACGAGUCGGACGAUGAAAGCAUGCAGAAGAGUAUUGACAAGCCUAUGAACAUUCAUCGUCGUGACUUUGAGUUUAAGUUCACAGUGGGUUGUUUACGGGGCUCAUUGUUCCGUUCUGAUCCAAGUGAUCAAUUACGCGACCACCUGCUCGUCGAAUUGGUCGCUGAAGGCUUCGCUUUAGACUUUUACAUGCGGCCAUUCGACAUGGUCGCGGAGGUUGUAUUGAAAUCUUUGAGUGUGGAUGAUUAUAUCGAAGAGAACCCUGUGCCGGAGUUCAAGAGAAUCAUAUCAUCGAAAGGCUUCGAUGCCGACGAAAAUAAAGAUCUCUUCCACCUCAAGUUCGUCAAAGUGAACCCAGAUUCUCCGGAAUUUCAUUCCACAUAUGAAGGCGUGGCAAUGAAUCUCGACACGUCCGUAUCAACCAUCAAUCUCGUUGUUACCAGGAAAACACUUCUGACGCUUUUGGAUUUUAUUCUCCUCACAUUCACGAGCCCAGAGCAAGCGAACACUCAGGCAACUCAGGCAGAUGACAGCGAUCAGGGGCUCGCUGUAGCGAACGAACAAACGCAGCAGUCAGGCAAAAUUCGCAUAAAAGCCAACCUAAAGAGUAUCGCUCUUAUUCUCAACAAUGAUGGGGUCAGACUUGCUACGCUCAGUCUAAAUACUGCUGAUGUUGGAAUAUUCUUAGUGGGCCGCUCGAUGUUGAUCCAGUCGCGAAUUGGAAGCCUGACCCUCAUAGACGAUGUCAAUACUGGUGCGUCGGAGAGCUCAGACCUCCGAAGGCUCCUCACUAUUGAGGGUGACAACUUCGCGGACUUUAAGUACGAGACAUUCGACUCAGAAAGUGCAGAUUACCCCGGAUAUGACUCGGAGGUAUUCCUGAGGUCAGGGUCUAUGAAGGUCAAUUUCGUAGAAGAACCCUAUCGCAAAAUCAUCAACUUUCUAGUGAAGUUCGGCAAAAUGCAGGCCAUCUUUAAUGCUGCCCGGCAAGCUGCGGCAAACCAAGCCAACCAACUGCAAGAAAAUGCCUCGCGAAUGCGAUUCGAUGUGGUGGUGAUGACGCCAAUUCUGGUGUUCCCAAGUUCGAUGACAGAAGGUGGUUUACACGACACUGUCACGGCCCACUUGGGUGAAAUUUACGCCAAGAACACUUUCGUUCCUCUUGAUGAGGCGAAGGACAGUCCUGCUGUUAAUCUGAUCUCUUCUGGCAUUCGGAACAUUCGUUUGACAUCCAAGUUCCAUUAUGGUGAGGAUACUGUAGAGGAGCUUGAGAUGAUUCAAAAGGUCAACCUUGAUUUCAGUAUCUGCUAUCUCGAGCACCAACAUGACAAUCCGCGUCCAGACAUCGAGAUCGAAGGGUCUAUGUCACCUAUCAAUCUUCGGAUCUCGCAGAAGCAGUUCAAGUUCUUGUUGGAUCUCUCCAAGACGGUCCCUAGUGCCUUCGCUACUGAUAGCGAACAACAAGAGCUGGAGGCCUUGGAAGCUCUUCCUUCAUCAGUUGUUGAACCGUCCAAGGAGGUCGAGUCGAAAGCCAUCGAGCGAAGUCUGUCGCGAGAGCGAAUGUCCCAGGACGAUGUCAAACAAGAAACUUGGGUUCGGCUGGACAUGGUCUUCAAGGUCGAUAGUGUUGGUCUAGAGCUUAUCCUGGCCGCCGACGAUGCGCCAGUAGGUCGCUUGGAGGAUUCCAGCUUGUCCAAAUUCUCACUCAAUGACACCAAGGUCAAAUUGCGAAUGCUGACAGAUGGCUCCCUGGAGUCUGAGCUUCUAAUCCACUCUCUUUCCAUCCGGGAUAGUCGCAACCAGGACACUAAUAAGUUCAGAAAGAUUAUGUCCUUGAUCAAUAACGACGUCCAGCAGCAGUUCAUGGCUAGCGUGUCGAUGUCCCCGGGUCCGAAGAAGCACUUGAUUGCCAUGCUUACCAUCGACAGCCCGCGUAUCAUUUUGGCUUUGGAUUAUCUGUCUGCCUUACAGUCGUUCGCAAAUUCGGCUUUUGCCUCGGAUGAACCAAUGGUGGAAGAAGAGGGCGACGAAUCUCCUGAAGAAUCGGAACCCAGAACCAGCACCGCCGAAAGUGACGAUGCAUCGCUCGAAGCCCUGGCGACUGAAGAUGCGCCACCUGCUGCUUCCGCAGAACAGAUGACUGUUUCUUUCAGGGUUAACCUCGUUGAUGCUCAAGUAAUUACUAUCGCAAACCCCGCAAUCGCACACACUGAAGCCAUUGUUCUGGGAACCAAGCAAUUGUUGUUUUCGCAUCAGAACGUCUCGACUCUGCAAAUCAGUAAGGUUGGCAUGUUUCUGUGUCGCAUGGACAGGUUCGAAACGAGUAGGCUCCGGAUUCUAGACGAUUUUACUCUAGAGGUGUCAGUGGAUAGUCGUGCGCAGGAGAAGGGCUCGUCGCUAACAUCUAUCAAUGCUCAUAUUGAACCUUUGGUUCUACGCCUUUCGCUUCGCGAUAUUUUGAUGGCGAUACAGAUUGUGAACAAAGCUUCUGAGAUGAGAGCUCAAAGAAUGCAACCGGUCGAAACUGGUGAAGUAAAGAGCCUACCUGAGGCUAAGAGCAUCAAGCCCAAGUCUUCGAGACGGCAAUCGUCUGGCAAACAGUCUUCGGCCGUGGUGUCAAGAACUCGACGCCAAUCAAAUGCAACGACGGAUAAACCGCGUCGAGCCUCAAGCCCAGAGCGCUCAGCAAUUCUCAAGCGCGAAGAGUUAAACGCCCAGGUUGAUGGAUUGAGGGUUAUUCUUAUCGGUGAUCUUCACGAUCUUCCGUUACUCGAUUGGAGCGUCAAAAAAUUCAAUGUUGAUGUCCGCGACUGGUCCACGACGCUGAACGCCGAUACUAGUUUUGAAACAUUCGUCAACGUGUACAACUUUUCGAAAUCCGCAUGGGAGCCUAUGAUCGAACCAUGGCAGCUGGGAUUUCAUGUGGCCAGGGAAAUUGAUCCCGAGAUUUUCUCCAUAGACGCUUAUUCUCAUAAGACGAUGGAACUCACUCUUACAUCUGCCACGAUUGCGCUGGCGUCGAAGUCAUUCCAGUUCCUGUCUACGGAUGAAGAUGUUCUUUCCAAACCUAGAGGUGCUGAUGCACCUUACCGGAUCCGGAACUAUACUGGUUUCGAUCUACACGUCUGGGCGGAUAUUGGUUCAAACGAGGAUGGUCCGGCUGCUAGAUUGGCCGAUGGUGAAGAAUACCCUUGGCGAUUCGAGGAUUCAACUUCCAUGAGAGAGACACUCGCACCCGAGGGGCAUGCUGGGCUUGUUGGGAUCAAGGUCGAGGGGAGCGGCUUUGAUAGCGUAAACAAGAUCCCAGUCGUCAGAGAAGGGGAGAUUCUCUACAGCCUGAAACCUAAGAAAGAUAAUGUUCUUCACCGACUUCUGGUCGAGGUCAAGUUGGGUGCGGACAAUGUGAAAUAUAUCACCUUCCGUUCGCCGCUGGUGGUUGAAAACAGCACUCAAAUCCCCGUGGAGCUCGGCGUCUUGAAUCCUCAAGAAGGCCACCUGUUGAAGAUCGAGAAAAUCCUUCCUGGGGAGUCGCGACCUGCACCUGUCGGAGCGGCUUACAUGCAUUCUCUUGUGAUUCGACCUGAUCAGGGGUUCGGGUACGAUUGGUCUAAUGAGCAGCUGCAUUGGAAGGACCUACUACGUCGCCCUACACGGACUAUCAAAUGCUUAAGUGAGGGCGGGCAACAGUCUCCUCCCUUCUACUUCCAGAUGCACGCUACUUACAAUGAUCGGGACUCUCUCACAGGUAUCUAUCCAUACAUGAGGAUCAAGAUAUUUGCACCUGUUGAGAUUCAAAACCUUCUUCCUUAUAAUUUCAAGUAUCGCAUCUAUGACAAGAACACCAAAAAGGAUUGGACCAAUUUUCUGCGCAAGGGUGGGGUUAGCCCGGUGCAUGUUGUUGAGCUGUCUCAUCUACUGCUGCUCAGCGUGGAUCUUGAGGACACGGUAUUCAAGCAAAGCGAUUUUGCAAUCAUCAAUGGCAAUUCUCAAGAUUACAGAAGAGAGCAUAUCUUGUCUCUCAAGGAUGAGCGAGGCAUUCAGUUGAGACUCAAACUACACUACUUCAGGGUUCCCGAAAGUGGUGGAGCCUUCAAGGUCUCGGUCUACAGCCCAUACCUUAUUUUGAACAAGACCGGCUUGCCGAUGGAGAUCCAGAGCAAGGCCUUUUUGCAAUCAGCUCGAUCGGCUGCUGGGCAAGGACUGAGAGCUGAUCCCAGAAACGGAGGACGUACGCUCCCAUACAUGUAUUCCUACCAUACGGAUGAUCAGAAGAACCGGUCCAUGCUGAGAAUAGGUGACUCUGCUUGGAGUAAGCCUCAGAGUUUCGAGGCUAUCGGAAGCACAUUCGAGGUCAUCUUACCAGAUCAAAAUGGCCGAUCGGAAUUCCACUCGGGUGUUUCUGUCGCCGAGGGUGAGGGCAAGUACAAGAUGACUAAGGUGGUGACAAUUGCCCCUCGGUUUGUUCUAAAGAACAAGCUUAAUGAAGACAUUCUGGUUCGUGAGCCUGGCUCAUCAAAUGUACUCAACAUCAAGAGUGGUGAACUUGUACCUCUCUACUUCUUGCGGCAAGUUGCCGAGAAACAGCUUAGCUUGUGCUUCCCUGGCGUUAACAAUCAGUGGUCCUCUCCUUUCAACAUCGCGGACAUUGGGACAGUGCAUGUCAAAUUGGCUAAAGCUCAACAACGUCAGAGGCUCAUAAAAAUCGAUGUGGUCAUGGAAGGUGCAACACUCUUCCUCCAUUUUAGCUUUGAAUCUCGGAACUGGCCCUUUUCCAUGCGGAAUGAAAGUGAUAUGGAAUUCAUCUUCUAUCAAGCUAAUCCAAACGUCGAGGAGGAUGAAGAAGACCGAACAGAUGGCUGGCGACCGAUACGUUACCGACUUCCUCCGCGCAGUAUCAUGCCCUAUGCAUGGGACUAUCCAGCAACCAAAAAUAAGUCUCUGGUUCUGACGUGUAAGGGCAAAGAGAGGCAUAUCAGACUCGCAGAGAUCGGCAAUCUGAUACCUAUGAGGAUUCCACCCACCCAGUAUGGGGAGACCCAGAAGAUUAUCGACAUCAACAUCGUUGCCGAUGGGCCGACCCAGACCUUUAUGCUGUCCAACUUCAAGCAGUCCAAGAGUAUGUAUAAGCAGAAAGACAGAGGACAAGCAUCGCAAAGUAGUCUUAGCACUGGUUUUGAGGUCAAGGAGCUUGACUCGGAUGUCAACUUUAAGGCUCAGCUUCGCCUUGGAGGAAUCGGCAUUUCUCUCAUCAAUCAGAAUCUCAAGGAACUUCUUUAUCUAACGUUCCGAGAGAUUGACGUUAAGUUCAGAGAGUCGAGAAUCUAUCAGACCUUGAACACUACCAUCAAGUGGAUCCAGAUUGACAACCAACUGUAUGGUGGUAUCUUCCCAAUAUUGCUCUACCCUAGUGUGGUUCCGAAGACUGGCAAGGAAAUGGAAGCACAUCCAAUCUUCCACACGAUGGUGACCCGUGUGAAGGACGACUCUUAUGGUGUACUUUACAUCAAGUAUGCCACUGUUCUUUUACAGCAGAUGACACUAGAGCUUGACGAGGACUUCAUCUUUGCGAUGUUAGACUUUGUCAAGGUGCCCGGUGCGUCAUGGUCCGAGGAACACGAGGGCAAGCUCUGUGACGAAGACCUGAACAUUCCAGAACCUCAGACUGAGGGUGCUGUCUCAGACGUCUAUUUCGAGCUGCUUCACCUGCAGCCAAUGCAACUCGACAUCUCUUUCAUGCGUACCGAGCGUGUGAACGCGGAGGACACAAUGCAGCCAUCCAAUCCUCUGAUGUUCUUCGUCCAUGUCAUGACUAUGUCAAUGGGCAACGUGAACGACGCGCCCAUUCGACUCAAUGCGCUCAUGCUAGAAAACGCCCGUGUGUCUCUUGGGGUUCUGGUCAGCAAUAUCCAGAGGCACUAUACCCAGGAAUUCUUGCGGCAGGUGCAUGUGGUUCUGGGAUCGGCUGAUUUCUUGGGUAACCCUGUCGGAUUGUUCAAUAACGUCAGUUCUGGAGUGGCUGCCAUCUUCUACGAGCCUUACCAGGGUCUUGUGAUGACUGAUAGACCUCAAGAGCUGGGUAUCGGUAUCGCGAAGGGCGCGACCAGCUUCGUGAAGAAGUCUGUCUUCGGUUUCUCCGACAGUAUGGCCAAGCUCACCGGAAGUAUGUCUAAGGGUCUAGCUGCUGCUACCUUGGACAAAGAGUUCCAAGACCAGCGACGAAUGUCCAAGUCGCGAAACCGACCAAAGCACGCUCUGUAUGGCAUCACGGCUGGUGGAAGUGCCUUCGCAACCAGCCUCGCAAGCGGCAUCGGAGGGCUUGCACGCCACCCUCUCCAGGGUGCCGAAAAGGAGGGCAUUCAAGGAUUCUUCAAGGGUGUCGGGAAGGGUGUUUUGGGCUUGGCCACAAAACCCGCAAUCGGCGCGUUCGACCUCGCCUCGAAUCUUGCGGAAGGCGUCCGUAACACUACCACGGUUUUCGACGCCGAGGGCCUUGAUCGUGUCCGCCUCACCCGCUUCAUUGGCACCGACGGCAUUGUCAGGCCGUACUCACAACGCGAAGCCCUCGGACAAUUCUGGCUUAAGACGGCCGAUGAUGGCAAGUAUUUCAACGAAGAUUAUAUCGCGCACCUUGAGCUCCCGGGUCGAGACAUGCUGGUCAUGUUGACCUACGACCGGAUCAUCCUCGUGCGCACGAAGAAGCUCCGGACGGAAUGGGACAUGCGCCUGAAAGAUAUUCAGACCAUCUCCAAGGAGCGGACAGGGAUGAGUAUCACUCUUAAGGGCGGUGCCAAUGGUCCUUUCAUCCCAGUACAGGAUGAGAGCUCGAGGAACUGGCUUUAUAGGCAAAUUGCUGUUGCUGUGAAUGCUUUCAAUGAGAAGUAUAAUGCCCGUGCUUAG